GGUGAGAGGUGAGCUCAAGCCAGAGCAAGAAGCAGCAGCCUAGCUAGGGAACGCAAGCUAGCCCCGGCCCCAGCGCUCCCGGCCAUGAGUAACUUCGGUGGGCGGCCCCAUGGCGGCCAUGGGACGGCGACGAUCCCGUGCAAGUACUGCCGGGCGCCGCUCAGCGUGAUCCCCGGCGAGCGCGCCAUCCAGUGCGCGCACUGCAACUGCGUGACGCGCAUCCGGCGCGCCGACCGCAUCCCGCUGCCGGUCAUGGGGCCCCUGACGGCGCCGUUCCAGCGCGCCCGCGGCAAGAAGCGCGCCGUCCUGGUCGGCAUCACCUACGCCGGCGGCAUGCGCCGCGGCUGCGGCGAGCUCAGGGGCCCCAUCAACGACGUCAAGUGCAUGAGGAACCUCCUCUGCCAGCGCUUCGGCUUCCCCGCCGAGUGCAUCAUCAUGCUCACUGAUGACCAGAGGGACCCGUUCAGGCUGCCGACCAAGGACAACAUCCGGAUGGCGAUGCAGUGGCUGGUGCAGGGCUGCAGCUACGGCGACUCCCUGGUGUUCCACUUCUCCGGCAUCGGCGCGCAGGUGGCCGACGACGACGGCGACGAGGUGGACGGGUACGACGAGGCCCUCUGCCCGAUGGACGCCUUCCAGAGGGGCCCCAUCCUGGACGACGAGAUCAACGAGGCCAUCGUGCGCCCGCUCGUGCACGGCGUCCGGCUCCACGCAGUCGUGGACGCCUCCUACAGCGCCACCGUCCUCGACCUCCCCUUCCUCUGCCGCGUCGCCCGGAACGGCUACUGGCAGUGGGAGGACCAGCGCCCCCCCUCGGGCGCCUGGAAGGGCACCAGCGGCGGCCAGGCCGUGCUCUUCAGCGGCUACAGCGACGGCAAGAGCAACUUCGCCGUGAUGCCGGACGCCUACGGAUCCGUCGGGGCCAUGACGCACAGCUUCGUCCGGGCGGUGGAGUGCGAGCCGCGCGGGGUCACAUACGGCCGCCUGCUCACCUCCAUGAGGACCAUCAUGAAGUGCGGCGGCGGCGGGGGCUACGACGACCUGCAGGGACCCAUCGGCGCGCCGAUGCAACACCACCAGGUCGCCAACUUCAGCGGCGUGCAGUUUUUCCCUUCUGCCGUUGGUAUGAUGCUGCAGGAGCCUAACCUGUCGUCUUCGGAGAUGUUCGACAUCUACCGCAAGCCCUUCGUCCUGUGAUGAGCACCAUUGGUGGCUGUGCUUCCAGAACGUGACACUUCAUAAUAUGUAUCGUCGUAGUCACGGAAUAAUCGGUCGACACGCGUUUAGCUCUGAAGCUUCGUCUGAAAGAGCGUGACGUGUCCCCUGCAAUGAUUAUCAAGAAAACAACGUAGCUAGCUCAUAGGUCGUGGAGGGCUUGGUUGGUCAUACGUGCCUCCUCUGCCUUUCUACACCUCUCCCACUGUUGUCUCUUAUAUAUGCUGCUGCAUCUCAAACACAAAGGCAUCAUAAGCUGUGAGACUUAUGCAGCUAUGUAUGCAAACUGAAAUCAAACUACAUGAAAAUGUACUGCUCUAUGUUGUGCAGUCAUGUAAACAAACUUCUGUUUUCUGAUCUGGAUAUGCAUGCAAGAGGUCUCAAGAAGUCAGAUUCAGAACUUUUAUGGAUGCCAAAUUUCAUGUGA